AAAGGUCGUUAAACGGAUUAUGUGGACAGUAAACCGUGGAUUGAGUCUCCUGUGGCUUGUUAUAUGCAUCAUGAGCGAAGAAAUGUCCACUUAAAUGGGGGGAAAGGUUCACUUAGUGCGUGGACGUCAUACAGGGUGCAGUGAUAUUGUGCCGUCACGUCUGUCGGGACAAUAUAGACGACGAAAACAACGUUUUGUCCUUUCUUCACCGGUGACUUAGCGUCAUAUGAAGAUGCGAAGAAACAAAUGAGCAAGCGGGCUGGGGCACAGCGGCUCAAGUCUCCACUGACAUUCGGAGCCACAUGCAAAAAUCAUGCAAAAGGUGAGGAGCGACAGUCUCCUCCAUUGUCAACCAUUUCUCGUCAGCGGUUUCCGCCGUCCGUCGCUUCACCUUCAACCUGGCCAGAGAAAUGUGCCAGCGCCGCCACUGCUGUUGUUCUCCGCCGCCUUCCCGUGUCUGACUUUUUUUCAGGGAAUAAAAAACAAAACAAAAAGCUUGCAGGGCUAAAGAGAGCGAGAGAGUGAGAAAGAAAGAAAGAAAGAGAGAGCACUUCUUCACUUGAUUUAACCGCCGCUAAGCAUCAUGGGUAGGAAAAAGAUUCAGAUUCAGCGGAUCACAGACGAAAGAAACAAGCAGGUGACGUUCACCAAGCGCAAGUUCGGCCUGAUGAAGAAGGCGUACGAGCUGAGCGUGCUGUGCGACUGCGAGAUCGCCCUGAUCAUCUUCAACCACGCCAACAAGCUCUUCCAGUACGCCAGCACCGACAUGGACAAGGUGCUGCUCAAGUACACCGAGUACAACGAGCCCCACGAGAGCCGCACCAACGCCGACAUCAUCGAGACUUUACGAAAGAAAGGCUUCAACGGUUGUGACAGUCCGGAGCCCGACGGCGAAGACUCCAUCGAUCAGAGUCCCCUGAAUGACGACAAGUUCCGGAAGACCACCGAGGACCUGGAUGUUCUCUUCAAGCGCUACGGACAGUCGACGGCUCCGCCGCAGACCUUCUCCAUGCCCGUCACCGUGCAAGCAUCCAAUCCCAGCCCGCUGCAGUUCAGCAACCCUGGUAACGCGCUGGUAACUACCUCCUAUGUGACGGCGGCGGCGCUCGCCGACGCCCACCUCCUGUCGCCACAGCAACCGGCUCAUCCGAGGAACACCGUGUCUCCCGGGUUGCCACAGCGACCGGCCAGCGCAGGCGCUCUUCUGGGAGGCGACCUGAAUAAUUCAAAUGGAGGAUGUCCGAGUCCAGUCCCUAACGGCUACACCAGCGCCAGGGCCUCGCCGGGCCUCCUCGCCGUCUCCAACGGCAACAGCCUGGGCAAGGUGGCCCCGGCCAAGUCGCCACCGCUGCCGCCCACCAGCCCCCAGAUGGUUAGCAGCCGCAAGCCUGACCUCCGGGUCAUCACCUCUCAGGGCGGGAAGAGCCUCAUGCAGAUGACAGAGGAUGAGCUGGAGUUGGUAAACGAGAACGCCCAACGGCUGGCAGUUGGUGCCCAGGUGGCCCAGACUCUGACCACGCCUGUGGUGUCUGUGGCCACGCCCAGCCUCCUGGCGCAGGGGCUGCCCUUCUCCGCCAUGCCUACGGCGUACAACACAGAGUACCAGCUGACGAGCGCAGACAUCACCGCGCUUCACGCCCUGGCGUCUCCUGGCGGCUUGCUGCCCACCAGCGUGGCGACGUGGCAGCCGCAGCAGCAGCCCGUCGUCUCGCAGCAACCGCAGCAGAUGCAACAGCAGCAGAUCAAUCUGGCGUCGCUCAGCAACUUGGUCAUGUGGGGUGUGGACAAACAGAGCAGCGAGCUGUCUAACCAGGUGUCCAGUCUGGCCGCCAAUCUGAGUCUGGGCUCUCCGUCCAACCUGCUCUUGGGUAGAGAUGAGUGGUUGGGCCGGCCCGUGGCGCAUAUACCUCAAGGCGCCAUGUUGACAGUCAACACCAACAGCGGCGUCAGCAUCAAGUCGGAGCCGGUGUCGCCGGGCCGGGACCGCAGCACCCCUUGCCCUCCGCCGGCCCCGCCGCCGCCUCAGUCCUCUGGCGUCACCUUGACUGCGCCGCCACAGUAUCCUGGAUCGCUUCUGUGCCUGGAGCCCCCCACGGGACGCUCGCCCGCCGACAGCGUGAGCAGCAACGCCAGCUCCUUCGAAGGCAGCGACCGGGAGGACACAGGCGGCGGCGGUGCUAACAACGCCAACAUGGUCACGCCGGCCGCAGGAAGCGUCGGGCCGGGCCGCUCUGACUUCAGCCCCUCGCCGGAGCAAGAGGGGGGCAACAUCAAGAGAAUGAGACUGGACGCCUGGGUGACAUAAGCGGCGGCCCAGAGUACGCAGGGAGGUUCGGACAACACAAACACAUCACGUCACGUCGUACACGCCACACGUGAGGACGUCGUAUACAAAUGCCUCACCACGCGCUUUCACGCAAGAUUUUAGCCUCAACGCCAACACGUGUGUGUACAUUCUCAGUCGUCCAGGCAAAACUUGAAUGGAGGCGACUGGACUGUUGUUGGUUGUUCACGUUUCACCUUUGAUCCAAUGUUGAGCUGACUUUCUGCACUCGUAAGCUAUCAUGUGUAGCGCCAACAGUCCCCCAAAUGAUUGGUUGGUUUAUGGAUCGAGUGAUUGUUGGUUUUUUGAUUAGUCGAUUUAUUAAGUCUCCGACGGGCGUGUCUUCUGGGGAUGGUCACAUGGUCACAAGAUUUUAGCCCAGUUAUUGGCCCGUUCGCUAUUGCGGCCGACUUUUCAAUUUGAGUCCAAUUUAUUUGGGCGGGAACGACAAAACUCUUUGUAGUGUGACAAUCCCCGCUAUCAUAGCCCUGUGAUGGCAAAAAGGAAAAAUAUUUUUUGGGGGGGAUAUCUUUCAUGUAGGGUGACAUAGUAACGAGACCCUCUGACAUCGCACCUUUAUAGUACUAUAUAGCGCCCUCGUGAGAAACUAAAUUUCUCUUAUAGUCUGAUCCAGGGAUAACUGGUGCCAAAACGGCCAUUCACCAGCCACACCUGGCAACAAUAGCAGAACUCUGCUAACCAACCAACCAAUCAAUUUACCAACCCGUCAUUCAAGCAAAUGGACAAGCAGUUGUUUAAAGUAACCUCUUACAUUCAUAACUGUCUUACAGGUCUAAAAUUAGUACUUAAGACAUAACAAAACAGCCCUAUUUAGGUGAACUCCAAACCUAGGAUUUAGAAGACUUUUGGAUUAAAAGGUGAAAGGUCCCCACUGUCCGACAAGAGUCCAGUUGCAUCCCUUCCACUUUUACAGAAGGCACUCACCUCCUCUCAUCCAGUCCACAUUCAGCAGACCUCACUUCCUGCUUUCUGCGGGCGCCAUUUUGAACCUGUCCAUUCUUCAGCAAGUCCCUCCCACGCUGCACUUUUUUUUGGGGGGGGGGGGGGGGCCUUGAGCCAAUGCUGUGUUGUCCUCGGAAUGCCAAACAAAACACGGCGCACGGGAAACGAACACUCUUGUGGCUCUAUACAAAUGGUCGCCACACAGACAUACCGUUCUGUUCGUUCUGUCAGUACUGGUUCUGAAGGUCCGUCACUUUGUUUAAAACAAAAAACAAAAAAAACUCCCACCCUCCUCAACGAAACUGAUGUCCUCUUUAGCGCACUAGCUAGACCAUCUUAUUUUCCCGUGGUUACCCAAAGUGAACGGAUGUUUUCUAUAUUUCUACCGCUUCUGUUAGCUUUUUGGCUUCAAGUGCGUGUAUGUACAUAUAUUUGCAUAGACUUUGCUAGCUAGCCCUAAAAAAAAAAAAAAAAAAAAAAAAAAAAAAGGCAACUCAGUGGAUCUGUCCGCUAUUAUUAUUAAUAAUUAUUAUUAUAAACAAGCGUGACGAUAUGUUUGGGUAGCGUACCCCACUUAGCGCCUGCUUGGUCGUGUUGUUGUCAUUUUUGCUACACAGCCAACAUGCACGCGGGAAAAGCAUUACACUCGCACACACACACACACACGAUCGCUGCCCUUCACAUUAGCCUAGCUUCUCAUAUCUAUACACACAUUUAGCCCUUUUUCUACAGCAACCGGUAAAAUCAACAGAUGGUUUGAUGUCAUUUUUAAUAGGAAUUUGUUUUGUCGCCAUCAUUUCAGUGUGUGAAUGUGUGUGCACAAGUUCUUUAGUAAAAAUAGAAGAGAUGAUGUCUACGCCAAACCCAGAAUAACCCUCCCCUGCCCUUUAUGAUGCCUACUUGGCUGCGGUCACUUGACUGUUAGUUAAGCCCAUAUGUGAACUGGCAGCACCUAGUUCUGUUGUAACACUUGAGUUAAAAACAAAAAAAAGCUGAUGUUUUUAGCAGAGUGCUAAAAUGCCAAGUAAGCUCUGUCAGACUGUUAUUGCAUUACAACACAAUUCACUUUUAAAACACUUUAAAAUCAAUAACACGCAAGAAUCCCCCCGCCCCCCAGAAAAGGGGGGGGGGGGGGCAGGACGGAGAUGCUACAGCUAGUUAAUGUCACCACGGUGGUAUGUACAGUUUUGAUUGGACAAUCAGUCAUAAUGACCAGUACCAGCUUUCAGCGCUAAUGUUUGGGUACAUUAUUCACAAAAAAAUUUAUUGCCAAAAAGUUUACUUUUCUGCCUCACUCAAAGCAAUUUUUGCCAUUUAUGAAGGAAAGAGAGGAGAAAAAAAAAAAAGCUUCUUGACUGAUAGCAACGACAAAGAAAUCAUGUACCAGUAAAAAAAAAAAAAAAAAAUUAUACAUCUCCAAAUCAAAUUAGGAGAUGCGUGGUUUACAUUGGAUUGUGAUAUUACAAAGAUCGUCACUGAAAAAAAAUGUUUUCUAAUGUUCUAAUUUUACAAAAAAAACUGCCACAAUUUAAUGAUACAUGCUUUUCUUUGGAAAGUGAUAUGACAAAAUACAUUGUUGCUCAAAAGUGUUUUGUUUAUAAAAUGGAGAUCGAAAAGUGAUUGCAUGAUGCUAUGACAAAAACAUUUUGUUGACUCAAAAAAUAUCUAAAAAAAAAAAAAGCUGUCGACAAAAAUGUCCCAAAAAAAAUGUGGUUAACUCCCCAUACAAAUUUGCCGACUAAAAAGCAAAACAAAAAAAUGUAACAUUUCAUCGACAAAAACAUUUGGGGAAAAUAUUUGCCCAACAAAAAGUAUGUUUCAAAAUUUUGGGAUAGUACUUCUUACCCAGUAUUUUUUUCAGAUUAGAAAAAAUACAAAUUUUGAAUAUGCGACUUUCAGUGGAAAGCAACAGUAUGGGAAACAAAAAAAUGCUGUCCAAUGAACAAGUUGGUUUUCCCCUCAGUCAUUUUUGUUUUUUCAAAUUAAAACGUAUUUUGAUUGAACAGCAAUGAUAUGGCAAAAAAAAAAGACACUAACAAGCAUGUAUCUUUAAAUUAGGAAUAUUAAAAAAUGUGGCCAUACAUGCUGGUUAUUGGACUGUGACAAAAACAUGGUUUGAAGUGCAAAGUGACAACACCCCAAUUGGGUCCAUCCUGCCCCGUGUGGUCAAAUGACAAUCUAUUGAGGAGGGGAAAACAGACUCACUCGGACCCCUGUUACUUGUCGUGUACGAUGUUCGGUUUUUUUGUUUAAGAUUAAUUUGUGCUGGUUCAGUGCAGCUCCAUACAAUUACGGAGCCUUUUAGUUUGUGUAGCUUGUAAUUUUUGGAACAUUAGACUCUCUUUGUCAUCGUAUCACCGACAUCCAAACUGGUUUCCUUUUUGUUCACUGCAACUUGCACGAUCAGACAAUGCGGUAUUAGCAAAUGCAAUAAAAGGAAAGUACCAGUUAAAUGCUGCAGUUUUCAUCCAGAUAUAGAAUAUAUUUAUAAAGAAAAAUUGGUGGAAUUUGAAACAUGUUUAGACGCAUGGGACGCAGGUAACAGUUUGUGUGUCACGCAGUCAGAAUGAUGUAGCAAAUAAAAUACUAAAGAUGAAAAUUUAUAGUUAAUAUAUUGUGUUGAGCUAGUCUGCUAUGGAUUUUGAUGUAAAGAUGUUUUGACGUUUUCUUUUUCUUGAACGAUAUACAGUUUGUGUAUAUUUUCAUAUACAAAAGUAUGCACUGAUGUUAUUGAAAUUCUAUACCGCUUUUACAGAAAAAGUGUUUGUUGUACCAAAGUAUCCAAGUCCCUUGAAACCUCCUUUUUGCGUAUGUUUUACUGUAUUUUAUAUAUUAAAUGACAAACGGAGUGAA